CUGCUAUCUGUCUUGUGUGUGAGUGUCUGGGGGCAGCGCUGAUUUGCCUAGAAGUUCAGACGCUCUUAACGCGGACGCGCAGCGAGAUUUCAUGACAUUCAGCUGCUCACUGCAUCAGCUCGACUGACCUGACUGGACUCGAAACACUUCACCUGCGAGGAGAGAGGAAGAGAAGGUGUUCCGAUCUCUUACAGCCUGCUACAGAAGAGCGAUGGAUUCGUGGAGAAUCGCAGCCUUGCUCGUUGCCGCCUGCCUCAGCGCGUCCGCUUCAGACCAGCUCGAAUCGGAGUGUUAUACAGCAAAUGGAGAGGACUACAGAGGUCGACAGAACCAAACAAGUCUGGAAGGAGGGAGGCCAUGCCUUUUCUGGAAUGAGACUUUCCAGCAUCCAUACAACACCAUCAAAUACCCCCAUGGGGAAGGAGGUCUUGGACCACACAACUUCUGCAGGAACCCAGAUGGAGAUGUUCGGCCAUGGUGUUACAUCGCAGAUCUCGAGGACGGAAUCUACUGGAAAUACUGUGAUAUUCCGACUUGUCAAAUGCCUGGUAACCUGGGCUGUUUUAAGGACAGCGGUGAUCCAACACCUCUGUCUGGAGGCUACCAGACCUCCAACAAACUCACUAUUCAGAACUGCAUCAGCUUCUGCCGCAACCAGAGAUACAAGCUCGCCGGUAUGGAAUCCGGCUAUGCUUGUUUCUGUGGCAACGACCUUGAUUAUCAUCGUCACGGUGAUGCUCCAAGCACAGAGUGUAACCAUGUGUGUUUUGGAGAUCACACUCAGCCAUGUGGAGGCGAUGGACGUGUCAUAGUCUUCGACACAAAAGUAGGUGCUUGUGGAGGAAACUACACAUCACCCUCUGCAGUAAUCUACUCUCCUGAUUUCCCGGACAAAUACAGACCUGGCAGGGUCUGCUAUUGGACCAUUCAGGUUCCAGGUGCUUCCGUCAUUCUGUUCAACUUUACUUUCUUCAAUAUCGUGGAUCAGACUGAUAUGGUGGAACUGCUGAAUGGCUACUCCAAUCAGGUGGUGGCACGAUUCGAUGGCCGCAAUCCUCCGCGGGACAUCGUGAACAUCACCUCAGACUUCGUCAUUUUGUAUUUUUACUCAGACAGGACCAAUGAGGCACAGGGGUUUUCUAUUCUUUAUCAUGCCUUAAGAAAUCAAGCAGUCUCUCCUGUGGAGGAGGAUGAUGUUGGUGAUGAAGAGGACACCAGUACAGUGCAGCCACAUAUGGGAAGCACUACAUCCAGUCAGAAUGGAAAAUCCUCCCUCCGGUACUACAUGAUCACAUCAAGUCCUGCAAACAUGCCAGGUCAGUGGCCUGGACCGGGCCGGACCGCGGGCCACAGCACCAUGUGGACCAUCUAUGCAUUAGCUGCUCUGCUAACGCUAACAGUCAUAGCCAUGGUGGCCAAACUGCUCCUGCAUCUUACUGUAAAAUCCCCGUCCAUCCCGUCAAUCAGUGGGUCAGAUUCAUGUGCACAGAGCACUACUCCUGAACCAUGGAUCAUCUUCUACAGACCUUCUACCAUCUCUCUGUUUAAGAAGAAACUCAAGAACCACCAUGGAGACCUCAGCCCUCUCGUGGGAAACUAACCUCAACGCCUCUGACCUCUAUGGCUGCUUUAGCCCCCUAAAGGAUGCACACACUGUACACAAUGCCGGUCUUCUGCUGCUGGGCUACAAAAAGGGAUCUGAUCGAUGCCUAAUUCGCUUCAAAUGACCAGCGCAGGGUCCAGUCUAUAUGUGCCGAUCAGUUGUUGGUAAAAAAAACGAACAAACUGCACGAAAAGAGAUUGACUCUAGCCGAUGCGCUUACUCUUAAUUUGCAUCCUAACCAAUCACAAAUCAUGUGACAGGUGCACACAUAAACCAAGCGAUUUGAUUAGCAAAAGAGUGCUGGGAUGUUUCUGUUGCCACAGACCAAAGUGAACAAAUGACCACUGGUGAAAAAUGGACAGGCGGUUCUCCAGGUGCUUUCACAGAAGCGAUCAUCCGAUAAGCGUCUGCAUUAAAGCAAGCAUGAGACACCCUGAAAGACAAAACCACGUCCAUAACCAAAAUAAUGCCACGGUGCCCAACCAGCCCCUGUCGAGGAGAGAUACGAUUCUGUUUAACCUCUAAUGUAGGUCACCUGUUGUUGAGAAGCACAGAACCCCUUUCUUCAGAUGUAAGAGAGCUGGCUGAACCGGCGGAGGAUUGAUGUCACAAUCAUGUCGAGAGCAAUUCGGACUCAAAGUGAGCAACAAAAAAGUCUCCAGAGAGGGAGAAUUGGUGAGAUGGACUGCGGAGAGCCAAAGCCUGAAAUUGCUACAAGUUGGGCAAUGUUCAAAAUGAGCUGACAUCCCUUUGGACCUCGCUUUCGUCUCUUGUCGUUUGUGUUGGGUUUUGAUCUCUCUUCAUUGCCUUUAAGUGCCUUCAGGACUGAAAAAAAAACACUCUUUUGUCUGUCUUCUAAGCUGUCACAAUGUCUCGAUGAAGUAAACAAGCAUUGAUCCUUCAGAGCAUUGAAUUGCAAAUGAGAAUAAGCACUAAGGAAGUGUUUUUUUCUUCUUGGGGAUUCUCAAGACAAAUGUAGUCCUGUGGGUGUCAUUCGGGCGUAUUAUUCUUGUCAGGUUUUCGACUUGAGCAAGAGAAGCAUUGUGAUGAACAUUGUGUAAUUCUGUGUGGGAACAAUCAAACAUCAUCCUCUUUCAUUUCACUCCCCAACAGAGGCAGUGGUGAAAUUCUUCCAAAACAAUUUGCUCUUUCUCCCCCUUCACCACAACUUGAGCUCUCACAUUCUGAAGCACUUUUCCAGCCAGCCGAAAACCAUACGGAUCACUGUACUGCUUGCUGCUUGGAUUGAGGACGUUCCUAUGAAGGAAUGCGCAAACCGGUUAAAAGGGAUAAUUCAUCCAAAAAUGAACAAUCUGUCAGCAUUUACUUGCCCUCAUGUCAUUCCAAACUCAAAAUAAGAUACUUUGAAGAAUGCUUUAUCCAUACAUUGAAAGUCAGUGAAAUCAUUCAUGCCUCAUUCAUGAUUUUUUUUAAUGCUUGUUAUCGAUUAUUUUGAGAACCGGUAGUAUUUUUCUGUAAGCUAAAGACUUUCACUGAAUCAUUUUAACAUUUUACAGCAUCAUUACUCCAUUACACUUAACCCUUUCCCCAUCAUUGACGAGUUAUCUCAUCAUUUAGAAGACAACGCUUCUCCACCAUUGACAAGUUUUUAUGGCUUUUUGUGUUUUCAUUGUUAUACACUCACUAUUACACAUCUUUUGAAUGAGUAAAAAAACCCACCAAACAAAAACACACAUGAACAAGGACAGAGAAAUAAGCGAUCUCUUAUGUAAAGAGAUGCAUAUUAAAAUUAAUGCCAUCAUCAGCAAUCAUACUGAAUAUUAUCCAGAUGUAGUUUUUGACAAAAGUGUGAUUUUUCUCAGCUUUUUGCUCAAAGUUAUGCGUUUUUAUAAAACCUACCUAUAAUCAGGGUUUUUAAAAAAAAAUGCUUUAAACUAGAAUAAAACCCCAGACAGCAAGCAGUUUCUGCCCAGAUCUAGCUCACAUCUGGCCCACAUGGAUUUCACGUGGGCCAGAUGUGGGCCGGAUCUGGGCCAACUGGGACAGAUUUUUUAUUUAUUUUUUUAUCUUUAUUUUUGUGUAUUGCAUAUUCACAUAUUCAUACAGAAGCAAAAUAUACUGGAGUCCAUCAAAUUUGAGUGAAAAUUAUCAAAAUCGCUGGCGGUAGCUGGCAACUUUUUUUCAAAAAGAGUUUCUAAAGGUUUUGAAAUUUCAUUGGUUCACUGCUAUGUUUGAUCUCUGUGAACCCAUGAACCAGUGCCUAUAUGGUUUUUACCUGAUCACGGACCAAGCACUUCUAAGUAAAUCAUUUUGCGAAUCACUUGGUUCAAUUGAUUCAAAGUUUUGAAAAGCUUUGUUUCUCCCAUCACUAACUGACAAAUGUUUUACUAUUGAUCUAAUGUUUACGAUGCAUUUGUUUAUUAAGAGGACACUUUAUAGGAAAAUCCAUUUUACAUGCAAAUUACACAUUGGUUAUAUACAACUAUAUAUGUUUGAAUGUUUUCUGAAUGAGACUCAUUGUACCCAAAUGACUUUCACUGUAUGGGCAAAAAAUUUAGUAAUUUAUGACAGAGAUUUCAUUUUUGAAUAAACUAUCAUGCCAUUCAGCACUUGCACAGCCAUCAGUCACAGUUCAACAGUUUUGUACUUAGUUCUGUGUGUAGUACUUAAUGUGAGUUUUAGUAAUAUUGUAAAGGCCCUUUUGAGAAUAUUCACAUGGGUGAUCUGUGGGUAUGCCACUAAUGCCACUCUUACCGACAAAAAUGAAUUAACAGUCACUAGCCUACAUAAUGCACUUUAUUACAGAAGUACUUGUGUAAUGUUUUAUGCACAACCAAAAGCUUUUUUUUUUUUACUUAAAAAAACAAAAACAAAGCAAUGAUUAUAUCUCAGCUUGCAUCUUUCUAAAAAUCUAAAAAUCAAUAUUGUACAACAAAACAAAUCUGUAAAAAAAAAAAGCAAGCCACCCGUCAAAUUCAAUCGUUUUUCCUCAAUCCAAGUGUAUUUGUCUGACCUGAUGCUGUAUUUUGGUCGUGUUCUCAUCUGCACUCUUCUAAUUAUUGCAUACUUCAUCAUACCCUUAGCUCUGCAGUGCCAGGGGCUGCCCAUGCAUACUAAAUUGUCACCAGUCACAGAAAGAGAGAGCGAUAGAGAAAAACCCAAAGUGACAGGUUAAAUCUAACAAGGUCAUAUUCAUCUGGAAAGGCUGGUGAAUAAUGCAGAAACCAAAACCAAGGCGUCCAUUUAAUUUGCAACACCCGAACGCCAUAGCCAUUUUAGCAGUGGCAAAAAAAAGUGUCAUAUCCUUCUGUGGUCUGUCACAAUGUCAGUGGGCCUUCCUUCUGAGAAACCAAGAUAGGAAUCCCUCCAAUUUUGGGAAAGGGUGCUUCCAG